AUGCAGGAACUGUUGAAACACGCAAGACGCAAACAAUGGGAUCCAGAGUGUGUGGCUGUUUUGGAAGAGCAGAACUCUACACUUCGUGCACAGGUAGCACAGCUGCAAGCUGACCAAGCUUCAUCUUUAACGUCGUCCGAAAAUCCUUCCGGUACUUUGUCGUUGGCGAACACGACGAAAGCUCCAAGCUUACCUUCUCAUCAAGCCAAUGUUUUGGUCGGGGAGCAAAGGAAUACGGCUCGUACAGAGCUCCCGUUGUUUUCUUCAGCUAUCAAUGAUAUUGCCACACUAGUGUGGAGACUUGACCUUGGUGAUAAAGGAGAGCCUAUGUUCAGUAGACCAUCUGGUAAUUUCUGUAUUCCUUCCUCCGCUGAUGCAGCUGUAGCCAGAUCUGAAGCGCGUAAAAGGCCACAGGUAUUCAACAACAUGAUGCCCAUCUACGACGCCUGUUACAACCUGAGCUUGAAAAUGAAUCUCAUGAAUUUGUUUCUAACUCAGCUCAAUCCUGAAGAGAGGAAUGCUGGAAAGGAGUUUGAAGAGUGCAUGGAUAUGAAUUCGGUUAAGGCUUGUCGUGAACAACCCUCACUACCGGUGGUUCAAGCACUCAGUAUCAUUGCGUGGAGGGAAUUGCGUCAGGAACAUAAUAGUUGUGCCUCUCUGUAUAUCUCUAUGGCCGGUGGUCUUGCUAUGGGUCUUAGUCUCCAUGCCAUUGGUCUAGGUGCUCUUUCCAAGUCUGACACUUCCAAAAGACUUUUGGAACAAGAGCAGGAAAAUCGACUCAGAACGUUCUGGUCAUUGUUCUUUAUCGAUCGAACAGCUGCCACUAUGCUUGGCAUCAGUUGUGUAGUUCCCUGGCUGCUAGUUUCCAUCUCCACGGCCGCAUCUAUACCACCACGUUCCGCCCUCUUCCUCCAAAUGUCUUACCAAAUGUCUCUUCUCAUGAUUCAUCGCCCUUAUCUCGGUGAUCCACCUGCAAGUGACUCAUUUUCACUUGCCUUCGCGACAAUAGCAUCUGCUGCGAUUCGCAUGACUCAAUAUAUCCACUUAUUCCGCAAAAGCUAUCUAGCAGAACCCACAUGCACACUACCAUCUUUGGGAAAUGACAAACAGGAUAAACCUACAGCGGCUCUUCCAUUUAUCGUCCAUCAUAUCCUCACAGCAUCCAUCGUGCAUCAUCUCUUCAGGACCUCACGCACGCCAACUCAAAUAUCCCUCGCGCGCCGCAGACUCCAGAUUUGCAUGGAGACUUUAACGGCUCUACAGAAUGACAAUUCGAUUCAAAACUGUUCUGAUACGACUCAACACUCUACGGUCAAUCCAUCAGAAAAAUUCGAUACCAAUACAAUCCUAACAUCAGAAGUUAUCGCGGGUAGUCACGACGAUAUCUGUGAUCCUCACACGUUUCUUCCAUACGUCACUGACUCGGCCCAAGAAUUGGAUCCAGAUCUCUAUACUGCCGCUUUCUCGACAGAAGACGGAGAUGAAUUGUGGAUGGGCCAACUUGAUUUCAUGCUCAACGAAAAUGCAAACUCAAGUUCUUUGUGGAGGGAUUCCUCUCCGUUUCCUGGGGUUCUUAGUCCUGCUCGUGAGUUUGACUUUGGGAGGGGUAUUUUUGAUGUUCCGGAUUUGCAGACGCAUGAUUCGGCUCAGAUGGGUUAG